ACAGAUUCUUCCUCAAGUUUUUCCUCAAGUGCAACCAGAACUGUCUAAAAAAUGCAGGAAACCCACGAGACAUGAGGAGGUUCCAGGUGGUGGUAACGACUACAGUGAGUGUUGAUGGGACAUGUCCUGUCAGUCUCCGACAACAUGUUCGUCCACAACAACUCCAAACAUGGCCGACGGGCCCGCAGACUCGACCCCGCGGAAGGAACGCAGGGAUACCUAGAACAUGGCUCGGCGCCCUGCAUUAAGGCCAUUAGUCCCAGUGAAGGAUGGACUACAGGAGGCGCUACAGUCAUCAUCAUAGGAGACAACUUCUUCGAUGGUCUCCAAGUCAUCUUCGGUACCAUGUUGGUUUGGAGCGAGUUGAUCACGCCGCAUGCCAUCCGGGUGCAGACGCCUCCCAGACACAUCCCCGGGGUCGUCGAGGUCACUCUGUCCUACAAGUCCAAACAGUUCUGCAAAGGCACACCAGGAAGGUUCAUAUACACAGCACUGAACGAGCCGACCAUUGACUACGGUUUCCAGAGGCUUCAGAAGGUCAUCCCUCGGCACCCUGGGGACCCAGAGAGGCUGCCAAAGGAGGUUAUUUUAAAGAGAGCAGCUGACCUGGUAGAAGCCCUUUAUGGUUUACCCCAUAAUAACCAGGAGAUCAUCCUGAAGCGUGCGGCGGACAUUGCAGAAGCUCUAUACAGCGUUCCCCGAGGACACAGCCAGCUCUCCGGCUCCACACACAGCGGCAUGAUGGGGGUCAACUCCUUCACCGGGCAGCUGUCCGUCAACGUCGCUGAACCCUCACAGGGUAAUCAGGGUUUUGUGCGCAGCAGCAGUAGUGUGUCUCCUCACGGUUACGUUCCCAGCUCCACGCCUCAGCAGACCGGUUACACUUCUGUCACCAGCUCCAUGAACGGCUACACCAACAACACCGGCAUGACCAACCUGGGAGGAUCGCCCACUUUCCUCAACGGCUCUGCAGCCAACUCGCCUUAUGCUAUUGUCCCAUCCAGUCCCACUAUGGCCUCCUCCACCUCUCUCCCCUCCAACUGCUCCUCCUCUUCUGGCAUCUUCUCCUUCUCCCCGGCCAACAUGGUGUCGGCGGCCGUUAAGCAGAAGUCGGCCUUCGCUCCAGUGGUCCGGCCCUCCUCUUCCCCCCCGCCCUCCUGCACCAACGGCAACGGGCUCCAAGAUCAAACAUUUGUGGACUCUAGCAAGUACUCAACAGCCAACUCUCUACAAGGCCUGGCCUUCACCUGAACAAUCCCGGGAAUGAUCGUCCCACCCAUGUAAAGGUGUGAGUGCAUGACUGUGUGUGUGUUUGUGUGUGUGUGUAUGCGUGUAUGUGUGUGUUUGUAACCAUGCGAGAUGAACCAAGCACACUGAUCCUGGCGGAGGAUUUCUGUGCGAGUCAGACUCCGGUCGGGGAUGGAAGCAGCUGUCCCGAUCAGAAGGAACAAACCCAACUCAGGCCCUUUCUAACACAAAAACAACUGCAAGAAAAAACAGAUGAUGAACAAAACAAACAAAGACUUUUGCAAAGAAAAUAAGUUGUUUAGACUUUGUACACCUUGAUGCUUUUAUAGGAGAACGGCCACGCCUACAUUAUAACUCUCCACGGACACAGGAAGUGUAUUUAUUUUGGAGAGAAUCACUUCUUCUCUUGAGUGAUUUGUUUUCUUUUCGUGCAACAGUUAAUGUGUGAUAAUCCUCUUCUAGCUGUUUCUCACAUGAGGGAUUUUCUAUUUAUGAAGUUUGGUCAUUGAUGAAGGAAUAUAAUGUGAAGAAAACCUGACUUGAUGGUGAUGAUGAUGAUGAAGAGACUGAAGGAUUCAGGAUCAAAUCCAGCCGACACAGACAAGCCAAAUCCACACUCACUCUUUCAGCACAAACACAGACAGCGAGUCCUUCCUCAGCAUUUCAGCUGGAGGAUUGAGACGCUGCGACUGAUGCUGCAAGUUUAGCUUUUCAAGAAACCCCCAUGUUUGCUUUGAGCUCGCUUGCACUACUGCAUUUUCUAGAAAGAGAAAAUCAGUUUUUCAGCCAACAGAGAGAAAUACAAUUCAGCCACUUAACCAACUAAAUAGAAACGCCCACCAUGCGAGAUGUCAUAGAGAUAUUAGAUUUGCUAGAGAUCUUAGUCAGAAUAGAUUGGACUGCGAAGAGGCCAUAAGAAAGUGCAAAUGUUUGUGAUAACAGGGUGCCAACUGCAUCUUCACUGUUGAGGAUUGUACCCAACAACUCUGCCAGAGUCGUCCAUCAGCGCUGUUUUAAAGUCAGACAUCGCCACAGCACCCUGAGAGGGGGAACAUGUCUUAAAGACUGCUGCCAUUUUCCCUUUGUUUUAUUGUGAUAGUUGCCUUCUCAAAUGUUUGUCUUAAUGCAUAAAUCCACAUAUGUUUUCUUUCUUUUGGUUUGCUGUGUUUUUUGUAUUCUUCAGAACAGCCAAUCAGAUUGUGUUGUGUUUUGUUACCUGCCCACUUACUGUAUCUCGUGUGAUUGACGGCUUGAGUGAGAACAUUAUCCAAUGGUGUGUCUUAAAUGCUGCGCUGCAAAAAACGUAAUCUAAAUCUUCAAUGAGUCUUAAAAUCAAACUUUUUAAAACAUCUUCCACUUAGGUUCACUUUAUUUAAAAUCUGCCCUUCAUUUCUUUUCAUUUUUUAAGUGCAUCUUUAUUUAAAAGUUCACCAUAGUUCACAAUAUUUGCAUUGCAUUUACACUUCCUAAGAGGUAAAGAUGAAAUAUGAAUUUUCAUAUUUUGUAAUACAUCUUUUGAUAUAAACUAAGAAGGACUUUUUUUGCAGUGCAGGACAAUUAUACAGCUAUGUCUUAAUUAACCAGUGUGCAAGUAGGAGAAAAGUAUGUAUUGAUUUGUGGUGAACUCACUGCUUCCUCAGCCCUGCAGUGUGUGUGUGUGUGUGGUGCAACAGUCUUAAUUCAUUUAUAAUUAUGUUAAUUUUUGCCAAAAACCCUUAUUUGAGACAUCAAUUUAUCAUACAGUCUUAUCCCACAGCUCCUACAUUAUUUGCCUUUUCUUGCCAUACAUACAGUGAAGUGUCAAGUGUUCAUCAUUUAGGUUGAUAACAUAAUACAAAUUAAUUGAAAGUACAUUCUUAACUGGACAGAAAACCUAGCUAGAAUCAAGUGCUGUUAUAGUAAAUCCAAGAUAUCUGAUUAACAGGAAAUAUGUGUUACUCCUGUCUGACGGGAUCUGGCCUGGAAAUUAGUGAUUGAUAAAAAAAUGUUAAUUUAAACCUCAGCCAGACAUCAGAAGGUAAUAAUGAAGGUCCGUCAUUAAAGCAGUGUGCCGACAUUUUGGAUGAAUUAUUAGGGCGUUAUCAAGAAUUUGAUAAAAGACAGAAAACUAAUUUAAAAAGGGAAAUAAAAUCGUUGUGAUUUUAGUGAGAACAACUGAAACAGAGAAACCUCACAUCCUUGAAGUUGUGCUCCUCUGCCUAAAGAUUUGAAUGUUAUUCAGACAUCUUCUCAGUUUUGUAUUAUAGUGUCUGUUUUUUUUAAGAGCGAUACUUCCACUGCUAAUUUCAAUCAAACUAAAAUAAGCCAUGGUGUAUUUGUUUUAAUAUGUGUAAGUGAAGGAAGCGGACAAUAUUUUUCAUUUUGUCACAAAGUUGUUGUCCUAUCAUUAUUGUUGAGGUUUGCAUAAUGUAGUUGCAUCGUCUAGUUGUAGAGUUGUUAAAAAUGUCACUAUGAUUAUCUGUGUUUGUCUUCCAUGUGAUGGAUUUAAGGAUAGAGCUGCUCGAUGAAGGCCUUCUCCUGUUCGGUCAGGUUUUCUGUCCUCUCUUUGCUCUCUCUGUCCCUUCAUUUCCUUCCUCCACCUUGUUUUGAUUGUGCUUUUAAUACUCUCUAUGUUUGCCCUCUUUUUUCCUUUCCCUCACAACAUGAGCCACGUAUUUAUUUGAUCUCAAAUAUGGGUCUGGAGACCACUUUUCUGUUUGUGUCUACAUGUGAGAUUGCCUGCGACUGUGAGUGUGUGGGUCAUCUUUAUUUUCUUUUUCUGAAAGAAUAUUGUGAUGUUUUGAAGCUAAAGGAUGUCUUUUUUAUAGUACAUAUAUAAAUACCUGUACAGGAAAGUACAAAGAGGGUUUGGUUAGAAGAAUUAUGAUCUGAAGCACUUGUCCAACAGCAGUAAUAACAUUUAUCAUGGCUUGUCUGCGUUUAGGCUUAAAGUGGUGGUCAUCAUUCAUGCACGCAUUAUCAGCAGUGUGGAGGGGAAGAGUACACAGGAGACUACUGUAAAGAUGAUAAUGUUGAUUCUUUUUUUUAACUUUGAAGUGUAAAAUAACUUUUUGACUCUCACUAUAUUUAAUUAAAGUUCUUUCUUCUCUGUGAAAAA